GUUGGUAAUGGCAAAUUAUUGGCCCAUUAAUAGAGUGUCAGAUGAAAAAAAUUAAAAAAACAUCACAGUUGUGUUCAAUCAAUAACUGUGACGUGACGACGACAUCCGCUAGUCUCCGGUUACACUCAUUAUUUACCGGUUUUGGAGAUUGUCUUUUAUUCAUUAUUUUUUUGACAGCAAAAAGAAGAUAAAUGUUUGACAAGUGAAGUAAUUUAUUAAUGGUGUAAAUUAGAACAUUUAUUUACACACACAAAUAUGAGCUGGAUGGCGUUAACGAAUGAAUUUCCCAUUUAUCCAAAAUACAAAACAGCUUUUUCUUUUUGUAAUUUCCGUAUUCAUCAUACGCAAUAACCGAUAAGAUCUGGCCGUCCCAUGAAAGACACGUCAGCUAUAUACGCACGUCAUAAUGUUGACGUUGGUUCAUAAUUACGAUUUUAGCCUUUUAUUAGUUACACUCGAGAAUGAAGAAGGGAGCGAAGAAGAAAGGAGGUUCGCGAGGAGGCCGUAAAGCUAAAGCCGGUUCUACUUCGUCGGCGAGUAAGAACGUUGAUGCGGUGGUAGAGACCUCGACGCAGGAGACUCAGCCUACUCAGACCUCGACGCAGGAGGCAGAGGAAACGGAAGCUAAGGUGGAAUCUCCGCAGCCUGAGAAGGAGGGAGAUAACAAAGAAGAGGCGAAAGAGAAUCAGGAGGAAGAAGCGGAGAAGGUUGAAUCGAAGCCUGCGGAGGAAGGGGAUAACGAAGAAGAAGAGGCGAAAGAGGAUCAGCAGGAGGAAGCGGCGAAGGUUGAAUCUAAACCUGCUGCGGAGGAGGGAGAUAACGAAGAAGAAGCGAAAGAGGAUCAGGAUGAGGAAAUAGAAGAAGCGAAACCUGAUUCCGCUACGCAAAAGGAGAAGGAGAAGGCGAAAGGUGCUUCUUCUUCCCAACCGCCGCCGCUUCGUCGUGGUAAGCGUAAGAGAGGCUCAAAUACGGAACCGGAGAAGAAAACCACUCCGAGAGCCAAGCGAGCCAAAGCAACCAAGGCGCAAGAAGAUGAGCCUGAGUACUUCAUGGAGAAGCGUAAUCUGGAGGAUUUGUGGAGGGCUGCAUUUCCAGUUGGAACGGAGUGGGACCAGCUGGAGUCACUAUAUGAAUUCAACUGGGAUUUUACAAAUCUUGAAGAAGCUCUGGAGGAAGGUGGAAAGCUCUAUGGGAAGAAAGUCUAUGUUUUCGGCUGCACUGAGUCUCAAUCACUCCCUUACAAAAAUGAAACCAAGGAUGUCCUUGUUCCUGCUGUCGUUUGUAUUGAAUCAUCUAUACCCCCUUCUGAUCAGAUAGGAGUUGCAUCGGUUCAAGGGGAGGUUGGGGAAAUCGUUCCAAUGAAAACUAUGAAAAUGGCUUGGGAACCGUACAUCCCACUUGAAAAAAGGGAUAGACAAGUUGAUAAAAUUAACUUUCAAAUUAACAUCUUGGGGUGUACUCAGAGAAGGUCUGCUCUCAAACAUUUGAAGGAUGAUCGUGUUAAAAAGUUCAACUAUUGCCUUCCUUACAUCAACAACCCAUAUAAGGUAGAUGAAUCUGAGCAAAGCACUGUGGUUCAAAUAAUGUUCCCUUCUGAGCCACCAGUUGCAUGUGAAUAUGACUGGGUGAAAAGCGACAUUGAGGAAUUCACCGACAAUCUGAUCAAGGAGGAGACAUUACUCCCGGAACAAAAGGAUGAGUUCGAGGAAUUUGUCAAAGAGGAAAGUGACAAAGCUAAGACAGCUUAUGAAGAGGCACAACAAGCGCGAGAGAAUGCAAAGGAAGGACUGAGCGCAGAAACCAAAAAAGCCUAUCAAGAAAUGAAGUUGUACAAGUUUUAUCCAUUGCCUUCACCAGACACACCGGACGCUGCAGGAAUUGAGAAGUCCCCACUCAUAAACAGGUACUUCGGGAAGGCUCACGAAGUCCUAUAAUCAUUUCUCCAAAACCUAGGAAGCUUUUUGUUUCGGCAAACAUUAUGAACAACUGAAAAUCAAAGAAACCACUUUGGGAUGGUUUAGGCCAAAGAUACAACAACACACUGAUACAAUGUCUUUUAGAGCCGGAUUUUUUUUUUGUUUCUCUGUUUUCUCAAUUUUUUUUUGACGCAACCAACCAAACAGUGUUUGAGACAGACUAAGCAAA